UCCUGCUGUAAACGCUGGAAUGCUGUGGCGAAAUGCAAUUGCGUUAAUGUUUGACGAAAUAGAGGUUUGGGGUAUUUAAAACGCCAGCAGUAAUGUGGAGGCAGAAAUCUGUCUGAUCUACGAACGAACGAUUUUCUUGAGCUGGCGACAGCAGCGCGGAAUUCAGUCCAGAAAUAAGUGAAAGCUCUGCAGAAUGAAUGAGCCAGAGGGACUGCGUUUCAGGCGACUGAACCGACCCCAGAUCAUAACAGACUCCCAAGAACCUCGAUACAAGGGCACAAGCACCUACAGCGGGAAGGUUUUUCGAGUGACAUUGAUCUCGGUUGGGGGCUUCCUUAUCCUGCCACUGCUUGUGAUCAUCCUGAUUCUGGAGUCUCCGAUCCACCCAGAGGUCUUCAGUCUGAGUGAGCCUCCUAUGCUGAUUGGCUGUUAUGAGCCCAACCUCAAGCUGCGAGAGGCCCAGCGUCUCUAUCAGGACCAGCUGGUUGGACCCGAGUCCAUCGCCAACAUCGGAGAUGUGCUGUACACAGGCACUGCUGAUGGGAAGAUCCUGAAGCUGGACGGCAGAAGUGUGAGUGUACUGGCCAGGCUGGGCCGGCCGCCCUGUGGUUCCCAUGACGACGAGCCGACCUGCGGACGACCUCUGGGCAUUCGGGUGGGACCCAAUGGCACGCUGUUCGUGGCUGACGCCUACCUGGGGCUGUUCGAGGUCAAUCCCGUCACAGGUCACGUGACGACGCUGGUGCAGGCCAGUCAGAUGGUUGCCGGGCAGCGUCUCUCCUUCAUCAACGACCUGGAUGUGACGCAGGAUGGCAGGAAGGUGUACUUCACCGACUCCUCCAGCAGGUGGCAGCGCAGGGACUACCUGCAGCUCAUCAUGGAGGCCACUGCAGACGGCCGAGUUCUGGAGUACGACACGGUGACCAGGCAGGUGUCGGUGAUGAUGGAGGGUCUGCGUUUCCCCAACGGCAUCCAGCUGCUUCCUGACGAGGAGUCUGUGCUAGUCACCGAGACAACCAUGGCCAGGAUCCGCAGAGUGCACGUGUCCGGCCUGAACAAGGGAGGAAUGGAUACGUUCAUCGACAACCUGCCCGGUUUCCCCGACAACGUGCGGCGCAGCUCGUCCGGGGGCUACUGGGUGGCCAUGUCGGCCGUGCGGCCCAAUCCCGGCUUCUCCAUGCUCGACUUCCUGUCCCAGAGGCCCUGGAUCAAGAAGCUCAUCUUCAAGCUGUUCAGCCAUGACGUGCUGCUGAAGUUCGUGCCGCGUUACAGCCUGGUGCUGGAGCUCCACGAGAGUGGUGUGUGUGUGCGCAGCCUCCACGACCCGCACGGCGAGGUGGCGGCCUACGUCAGCGAGGCUCACGAGCACGACGGCCACCUCUACCUGGGCUCCUUCCGCUCCCCGUACCUGUGCAGACUCGACCUCCGCCAGGUGUGAGGAGGAGGGGCUACGGAGCCCAGCUGAACCGGACCCCACUGGCCACAACUGGAACACACACCUGUGGGAGUCUGACAGACUAGACCUGUGUGUGUGUGUGCGCACUUGUCUGUCUGUCUGUGUCUGUCUGUGUCUGUCUGUGUGUGUCUGUGUGUGAGUGCGUGUGUGUGUGCGUGUGCGUGUGUGUGUGUGUGUGUGUGUGUUUUGUGUGUGUGUGUCCUUGUGGGUAUAUUGCAUGUUGGUUGCCUUAGUGAAGCUUUUAUACAGCAUCCAAUUAUGGCUUAUAACAGCCAGGAAAGAAAACCGCCUCACAAGUCAAUUAUUUUAGCACACACACACACACACACACACACACAGACACACACACACACACACACACACAGACAAUGUAAUUUAACACAAGGCAGCAUAGUGUUACCAGAGCACCCUUUGAAACAUAAGAUGCAAUAUAUGAACUCUGCACAUGCCUCUUUACUAAUGACCUGCAGCUGAUAAGCUAAAUCCCGAUUGGCCUCCUACACUAGCCUAGUGAGCACCUGAUCAGAAGGGUCUGUACUGGCCUCCUACACUAGCCUAGUGAGCACCUGAUCAGAAGGGUCUGUACUGGCCUCCUACACUAGCCUAGUGAGCACCUGAUCAGAAGGGUCUGUACUGGCCUCCUACACUAGCCUAGUGAGCACCUGAUCAGAAGGGUCUGUACUGGCCUCCUACACUAGCCUAGUGAGCACCUGAUUAGAUGGGUCUGUAUUGGCCUCCUACACUAGCCUAGUGAGCACCUGAUUAGAUGGGUCCUUCCAUCCACACUAUGGAUGCCUGUGGCUCUGUGGUGUUGUGGAGACAGAGUCUUGUGUUUGUGCGUAAUCCUGCACACUGGCCACAACCAAUUCCUGUUCUAACUAGGCCAUUGCUCUGCCCAGCCCAGCCCACAGGACUGCUUCCAAACAGAACAUUCUAGAUUACUACCACACUCUAGAUAGCAAAAGCAUUCUAGAUUAGAACAUUCUAGAUUACUACCACACUCUAGAUAGCAAAAGCAUUCUAGAUUGGUACAGCACUGAUGUUCUAGAAACAUGCUAUAUCUUUUUAAAUCACUACAAGCUUCUAACUUGCAAAAGCCUUCAUUGUCACUGCAUACACAGUGAUAAUAAACGACCACUUGUUACAUUAAGAUGUUACAUUGUAGCAGUUGUUCUGGAUUGAUUUAAAGAACUAUAUUAAAUAAUAAUAGAAACUUUAUGUUCAUUUUGUUCAUUUUCAACUGUGCCAAUUAUGUACGUAAUAGAAUGCAAUGAUGUGUGACCCAAGAUGAGUGAGUCGAGUUCUGAAGUUGUGCAAUAGGAUGUGGUUUCAUGUCGAGUUUAUUUUUGUUUUGUUUUGCUUUUAUGUGGAGGGGGGACAACAUAUUGUACAGCAUUGCAGCAGAGGCUAUAGGAAGCAGAAGUUGCUCUAAUAUCAGACCAUUGGGCAGCCGUGGCCUACUGGUUAGUGCUUCAGACUUGUAACUAGAGGGUUGCCGGAUCGAACCCCGACCAGUAGGCACGGCUGAAGUGCCUUUGAGCAAGGCAC